AUGGGUCUACAGGCGCUGGAGUUUAGUGAGUGCUAUUUGGACAGCCCCUGCUUUAGGGAGAAAAUCAAGGCACAUGAAGCAGAGUUGGACAAGACCAACAGGUUCAUCAAAGAGCUGUACAAGGAUGGGAAGAACCUCAUCAAUGCAACUAAACAGCUGGGCAUGGCACAGAGAAAGUUUGCUCAGAGUCUGGGAGAGUUUCAGUUUGAGUACAUUGGCGACGCAAAGACAGACGACGAAGAGUGCAUUGAUAAGUCUUUGCAGGAGUUCUCGUCAUUCCUCAAGAACCUGGAAGACCAAAGGGAGCUGAUGAUGAGAAACAUCACAGAGACGUUAAUGAAGCCCCUGGAGAAGUUCAGGAAAGAGCAGCUCGGAGCAAUCAGGGCAGGAAAGAAGAAGUACGAGAAGGAAACUGAGAAGUACUACAGCUCUUUGGAGAAACUUUUGAACAUGUCAGCGAAAAAGAAAGAGCCUCAGCUGCAAGAGGCUGACGUCCAGGUGGAGCAGAUGAGAGGACAUUUUCAGGAGGAAUCCCUGGACUAUAUUAGCAAACUGCAGGAGAUCCAGGAGAGGAAAAAGUUUGAAUGUGUAGAGCCGAUGCUGGCGUUCUUUCAAACAGUCUUCACAUUUUAUCACCAAGGUUUUGAGCUCGCCAAGGACUUUGACCAUUAUAAACGAGAACUGCAAAUAAAUAUUCAAAAUACAAGAAGUCGCUUCGAGGGCACAAGGUCGGAGGUCAAUGAACUGAUGAAGAGGAUCAGAGACGCGCAACUGGAGUUCAGGCAGACCAGCCCCAUCAGCUGUGAAGGCUACCUCUACGUGCAGGAGAAACGGCCACCUCCGUUUGGGUCAAGCUGGGUCAAGCGCUACUGCACGUUCGUCAAAGAGCAGAAGAUUCUGCACAUGGUGACGUUUGACCACCGCUCUGGAGGGAAAAUCGGCGAGACUGAAUCUGUCACCCUGAAAUCCUGUGUGCGCAAAACCACAGACAUGUUGGACAAGAGGUUCUGCCUGGAGCUGGACAUUACAGACCGGCCUGGGACCUUGCUGACCGUACAAGCUUUAUCAGAAGAUGACCAGAAGUUUUGGAUGCAAGCGAUGGGUGGGAAAGAACCUAUGGCACAUUAUCUAGCAAGGACUUUUUCAAAAGAAAGAGGAAUCGACGCGCAGCUUGAUGAUGUGGGCUUGAGUUUUGUAAAGAACUCUAUAAAUGCCAUAGAAAAGAGAGGUAUCAACGACCAGGGUUUGUACAGAGUGGUCGGUGUCAGUUCCAAAGUCCAGAAGCUUGUCUCACUCAUGAUAGAUGAAAAGAGCAAUGAUUUAGACUUAUCUACAAGUGAGGACUGGGAUGUAAAAACCAUAACUAGCGCUUUAAAGCUUUAUCUAAGGAGCCUACCCGAGCCACUGAUGACCUAUGGACUGUACAAAGAGUUCAUCAACCCUGCAAAGGGCGGGAGUCCAGAGUCUCGCAUCCAAGCCGUCCACUGCCUGGUCCACAAACUGCCUGAGAGAAAUCGACUAGUCCUGGGGCUCCUCAUGAAGCAUCUGGCCAACGUGGCUGCCCAUAGUAAGCAGAACCUGAUGACUGUAGCAAACUUGGGGGUGGUGUUUGGUCCCACGCUGAUGAGGCCGCAGGAGGAGACUGUCGCCGCCAUCAUGGACCUCAAAUUCCAGAACAUUGUGGUGGAAAUCCUCAUCGAGCAGCAUGAAAAGAUAUUUGCAGAUGCUCCGGAGUCGUGCCUGCCCUCACCUGAGCCCGUUUUCACCGCCCCCACGCGCCAGUCCAAGAAGCUGAGUCGGCAGAGCAGGCCACUGGCAGUUUACAACCCACAAGUCCUGGAUAUACAGGACGUGUCUCCAGUGGUGGACAGCUCAGUGGUUCUGGCCUCAGAUGAGACGUCGAUGGGCAGCAAUGAGUCCAUGUCUUCACACUCCUCCUCAGAGACCCCCGCAGACAAGAGUGACCACAUCGCCCUGUGCUCCACCCUAAGCUCUGGCAACAACUUAAAGGUGUCGACAGCUGCUUCCCGGUCCAGUCCCACAUCAGAAAGCCCUCCCGCAGUCCCAGACAAAGACCCGCCUGAGGAAAGCAUCAGCAGGAAGGCCGUGGCCGUGUACCCGUGUGAGGCGGAACACGAGUCGGAGCUCUCCUUCCAAGUCGGAGCUGUAUUCAACUCUGUGACCACGUCCAGGGAGCCGGGCUGGCUGGAGGGCGAGCUGGAGGGCAAGAGGGGCCUCAUCCCGGAGAACUACGUGCAGAUGAUGUAG